UAUUUCAUUCAGAUGUCAAAAAAGAAUUGAGAAAAAUUUCAUUGCAAAUGUUUAGUUGAAAGCCUUUUGUUUUGUGUUGAUGAAAAAGUUAAUGAUAUAGAAUAAGGAUAAAUUAUAGAAAUAAGAACCUUGGCUAGUCUGCUGCCAGAAGCUGGACCAUAUUCUGUUGCAUCUGCUAUAAAUGGAUGACGAUCUCACCGAGUACGCACCGGACAUUCCGGAUAAUGUGCUGGAGCUGAUUUUUUCAUAUCUGAAGUUGCACGAUUUGCGAAAUUGCUCAUUGGUGUGCAAAAGUUGGAAUCGAUUUCUAAAUGAUGAAAAUAAUGAAGUGUGGCGGGCGCAAUGCAUGCAGAAAUUGUCUCCGGAUGCUUUCAAAACUGAUCUUUUGUCGGUUGUACCGACAUUCAAGUCCAAAUUAAGGGCGUUCUAUCACGCCUGGAAUCCGUAUGAUUGCAGUCGGCAUGUUUACAUAAAACCGAAUGGUUUCACGUUGCACAGAAAUCCAGUUGCACAGAGUACGGAUGGUUCUCGUGGGAAAAUUGGCUUUCAACAUGGGAGGCAUGCGUGGGAGGUAAGAUGGGAAGGACCAUUGGGUACGGUGGCUGUGGUAGGCAUUGCUACUAAAGAUGCUGCUAUACAAUGUCACGGAUAUUAUGCUCUGCUGGGAGCUGACGAUCAGAGUUGGGGCUGGAAUUUAGUAGAUAAUCUUUUGCUGCACAACGGUGAUGCGCACGGGAUCUAUCCGCUUCUCAACAAUGCGCCGAAAUAUAAGGUGGGUGAGAGGAUUCGAGUAAUUCUAGAUUGCGACGAUAAUACGCUAUCGUUUGAGAAGAACUACGAGUUUUUAGGAGUAGCCUUUACAGACUUACCAGACAAGGUGUUCUAUCCGACUGUUGCUGCAGUGUAUGGUAAUACGGAAAUUUCUAUGGUUUACCUCGGCCCUCCGCUUGAUGGCUAGACAAAUUGAUUGGUCAACUAAAGAGUGGAAGAGCUACUUGCUUUUCGAUUCGGUUUGAACGUAGCGAACAGUAAAUGUUUAGCGUCCACAACGUGCCGCUAGUUUAUAUACAUCACCAUACAUCUCCGGUGCUUUCCUGCCACUGCGGAUUGGUUAACGAAAUCAGCAACUCAAAGACACAAUCGUUCUUGUACCAGGAAACUUUUUGACGUGAAGACAAGAAAAUAAUUACUAGAAUUUCUGCGACGAUUUCUGUUGUACGCUAUAGGAGUAUUAGCACUUACCAUUCCAUUUAUACAAAUGUUUGUUGUAUUCUUGAUUUUAAUUUAUUUCGGUAGUUGUAGGUAGAAUUUUGAGGCUUCUUUAUUUAUUGUUUAUUUAUUUUACCCUAAGAAAACAUACCACUUAUGUUACUAGUAAAACCAAAGAAACAUUUGCAUUUAUAGAUGAAUUUUCUCGAUUGAUGUAUUUAACCAAAGACAAGUUACUAUAUAUACACACACAUACACGAAAUACCACGAAGAUAGACACAGCAUAGUAAUAGAACACAUGAGGCAGAACAAACUAUGCUAAGGAAAUACACCGCAAAAUGAACGCAAACCCAAUCAAGAGAGUCAAUGAAAUAUAUUCGCGAAAAAAUAAGGUGGCAACGUUCCCACUGAUUAUGGGACAUGUUUGCUAGUUUGAUUUUAUUAACAAAUA